AUGACAUCCAGACUGUCUCAAGCUGAAGAGCAUAAAGAUAUUACUGGUCAGGAAGCCACACCAUGUCCAGAUGAUAUCAAUCUUCAUACAGAAAUAAAGAAUGAGGUCACUGAAGAGUCUCAAAAAAAGACCAGAGGAGCUCCUGAAUACAGCCAUGCUGAUGAGAGUUUAGAAAAUAUUAACACUGCUACUGAAGCAUCUCAAACAGCUGAACCACAACAAGAAGACGUUACUGAAGAAAUGACAAGAGGUAGAUCUGCUUUAUCAGUUAGUAAUGUGGAAUCCUCAAACAGUUCCCCAAAUUUCACUCUUGUGCUGUUUGGAAACAGCUCUGCAGUCCAUUUUGGAGAUGAAAAUAUACUAUUUGGAGCAGAACAUGUUCCUCCAGAUCAGGCUCACAUCCCCAGAAAUAUAAAAGUGUCAGGACAUGUUUUGUCAGUGGUCAAUAUACUGGACUUGCAUGAGGGUGAUCUGUACCACAUCACUGGUCAGUUAGUCAGUGAAAACAACAUCCAGUCCUUCAUCUUUGUCCUGAAGCUGGGACAACUUACAGAUGAUGAUAAAAUGGGACUUGAUUGGCUGGAAAGAACAUUUGGAGAAGAUGCUCUGUCCUUUGUGAUGAUUCUGUUCACUUAUGAGAAAGAGGAGGAGUGUGACACCAUCAUUGAUGACCUGAAGAACAACACUGUUCUAGAGGAACUGAUGAAGAAGUGCGGUGACAGGUACUGCACAUGCAGCAAGAGCAUGAACAACCAAUCAGAAAUGAAAACACUGCUGGAGAAGAUUGAUCAUCUCGUGUCUGAGAACAAUCAGUGCUGCUACACUGCUGAGACCUACAGUAGAGAAUUAAAGACUAAAGAAAACCAGCAAGACGAAGGGAGGCACAAAGGUGGUAUCUCGCCCAGCCUACCGAGUCAACAGAGAAUGUUGCUCGGCCACCCUGCUCGACUAAGGAUGCUGCUCAGCAUCUCAGCUGAGGACAUUGCUCCAUCUCUUGUUUUGGCUGAGAGCUUUGCUUUGCCUCCCUGCUCCACCUUGGACAUCACUACGCCAGGCUUCUCUCCGGAUGUCGUUCUGCUUUCCUACGCUUUCCUGCUGAGGAUAGAUCUUCCAGCUGUCCAGUUUUAUCUGGAUGAUAUAAUUGUGUUUGGUGAUUCUGCUGCCAGUCAUGAUGCCCACCUCAAAACAGUGCUGCACAAACUGCAAGAAGUAGGUUUAUGUCUAAAUGAAAAGAAAUGUAAGUUCCACCAGGAGAAACUCAAAUUCCUGGGACAUACCAUCUCCAAAGAGGGGUUGAUGCUAGACAACAGUCACUUAGAGGCAAUACAAAAGGCCCCAGCUCCGUCAGAUGCAUCCACACUAAGAUCAUUUCUAGGCCUCACUACUUGGUAUGCUAAAUUCAUUCCAAGCUACGCAACAGUUGUUGAGCCUAUGAGAGAUGUGUUCAGAAGAAAUGUAGAUUUUACAUGGACCACCAAGGCACACCAAAGUUUCCAGAAUGUAAAAGAACUGACUGUGGAGAGCCCUGCCUUGGCUUUAUUUGAGCCUGCUUUGCCCACAAUUGUUACAACAGAUGCUUCGGACUAUGGCAUAGGUGGUAUCCUGACUCAGCUACAUCUGGAAACUGUAGCUACCAUUACCACCCUGCUGUCAGCUGUCCCUGUCACCGAGUUUGCUGCUGAAAGCUCCUCCUGUCCUGAGCUCACCAAGCUGCAUCAAUAUAUUGAGAAUGGCUGGCCUACAACAUCUAAAACAUUGCCUGCUGAUGUGCUUCCUUACUUCCCAGAAAAGAUGACAGAAUCUGGAGCAGACAGAUCAAAAGAUGAAGAAAAGCAAAAGCUUGAAAAGGCUAAAGCAGAGGAACUGUAUUUUAGACUUAAUCUUAAGGAACAGCACAAACAAAAAAUGAAAAUUUCAGAAGUUCUUCAAAUAACUUCACAUUCAUUCCACUGGAAGGAAUCUUGUACAGAGAAAGAAUUAGUGGGAACGUUUCUACAAAGGAUACUAAUGGUGGACCACAGGGCAAGAUACAUUACAAUAAAGGAAGACUCUAACCAUUCAGAACACACUGACUUCAACACAGGAGAUGGAGAUGAUGAUGAUGAUGAUGAUGAUGGUUUUGCUGAUUUUUUAUCAAAGAAGACAGCAUAUAUGGAUAGUGAAAGCCAUAAAUCUCCUGUUCACCCCAUGGAUGUCCAGAUGGCAGUGUUUCACUGCUCAGAUCAUUUCCUAAAGCAGCUAAUAGUGAAUAAACUGUCUCAGUGUCAGUACGCUCUGCCUCUGCUGGUGCCCAGUCCCUUCACCAGCAAGAUCGAGUUUCCUCUCUGGACCUUUCGCCAAAUCAGAAAGAGCUGGAAGACAACAGACUCAUCUAAGAAGGUGAUCAGUAAAACCCAGGCUAUUUAUGAAGCAGGAACUCCAAUGGUGGCUUUCUUCAGGUUCGGCUCUGCAUCUUCAUCCAAAUCUCAGCUGAUGAACAGCUUGAUCAAUGAGAGACAUCACACAUUCUUCCACAGACACUGUCCAGGCAGCAGCAAGAACCGGUUACUGCUGGAUGGAGUGGUGGAGAUCGCAUGGUACUGCCCAUCUGGGAAGGAAACUGAUCAUUUCCCUGACUGUGUUGCAUUCUGUAAUCUCCAUGGUGAUGCUGUCACUAAUAAAGAACUGGAUAUCCUGACUAAAAUGUCCUCAGUGAAUGUUGUACUUUUAUCUGAUUCUGAAAAUGCAACAUAUAAGGGGCUACUACAGAACCUCUUCAGAGACACCAAGCCACUGAUUUUUCUACUUUCUGAGGAUGAAUCAGGUGUCACAAGGUCUAAGAAUGGAAAAUACAGAAUUGGCCUUAAAGACAGAAAUCAGUCAGAUGUAGCCAAGAACCUCAGAAUGACUAUCAAAGAGUGUCUUUUAAAGUCACCAUCAAUCUUCAGAAUUGAAGAUUUGAACAUAACUGAAUUGAUUAGAAAAGAUGAAGAUGACCCUGCAUGCAAGAGAGGGAAAGAAGCUGCAGAGAUAAUCAUGAGCCAGUUGGAGGGUAAUGAAGUGUCCAAAUUAAAGGAAAAGCACCUUCCCUGUCAGGGGAAGUUAUGGCUUAACUGGUGUGAGAAGAACAAAGACCUGCAUCGACUUCAAGGGAACAACUUAGAAAAGCAAAAGAUUGAGAACCAAAAAAUAAUGAUGCAAAUCCGUGAAGAGCAGCAUAAAUACAGACUCUCUGGUCUUAUGGAACAAUUCAUUUCCUCACUGAAAUGUCUACAAGAAAAUGAAAAAUUAUUUUUUGUAAAGUGGGCUGGGAUUCUCCUGGACAAAAAAACCUCAGAUGAUCUUUCAGAUCUUCAUCACAAAUACAAUGAAAAGUGGACAGUUUUAGACCUUAUGAAGAAACAUGAUAAAUCAGAUAAAAUGAAGAGGGAGCAUAAAGAACUUGAGGAGCUUUCAGAAAAACUGAAUGCAACAAACUUUGGAUUGGAACACAUCUUCAGAGAGAUGGGUCAGAUAUACGAGUCUUUUAUUUCUGUACAAACAUUCAAGAAAGGAUCUGAAGAAGAAAACAUGUCCUCUCUCCCCAAGCUUGUAGCAGAACUCAUGAAAUCUGGUCACCCACUGGAGCUGAUGGAUGGAGAUGCUGCUCAUGUUCCUCUGAUCUGGGUUUCAGCAGUUCUAGAUGAACUUGUGAAGAUACUGGGAGACCAGAGGGUGUUUGUGCUGUCAGUUUUGGGGAUUCAGAGCUCUGGAAAAUCCACCAUGCUGAAUGCCAUGUUUGGACUCCAGUUUGCGGUCAGUGCUGGAAGGUGCACCAGAGGAGCCUUCAUGCAGCUGGUCAGAGUGUCAGAAGAGAUGAAGAAUGAGCUGAAGUUUGACUACAUUCUUAUUGUAGAUACUGAAGGACUACGAGCAGGAAAAUCCACUCAACAUCAUGACAAUGAACUCGCCACAUUUGUUGUUGGUCUUGGAACCCUGACCUUGAUCAACAUCUUUGGAGAGAACCCUGCUGAGAUGCAGGAUGUCCUUCAGAUUGUUGUUCAGGCCUUCCUGAGGAUGAAGAAGGUCAGACUGAAUCCCAGCUGUUUGUUUGUCCAUCAGAAUGUCAGUGACAUCACAGCUGGAGAGAAAAACAUGGAGGGAAGGAGACAUUUACAGGAAAAACUUGAUGAAAUGACAAAAUUAGCUGCAAAAGAAGAAGACAGUGAAGCUGAGAGUUUCAGUGAUGUUAUUAAAUUCAAUGUACAAGAAGAUGUGUAUUAUUUUGCACAGCUCUGGGAGGGCAGCCCACCAAUGGCACCACCAAACCCAGAAUACAGCAGAAAUGUUCAGGAUCUAAAGAAUGGCAUUUUCAAUAAAGCACACAAUUCUACAGGUUUGACUCUCUCACAGUUUAAAUCACGCAUUAAUAAUCUUUGGAAUGCAUUACUCAACGAGAACUUUGUGUUCAGCUUCAAAAACACACUGGAGAUAGCAGUGUACAGGAAACUGGAGAAUAUGUUUGGAAAAUGGACCUGGACCCUCAGAAGUGCCAUGUUAGAUACUGAAGAAAAACUGCACAACAGAAUUGAAAAUGAAAAACUGGAAAAAAUUGAAGAUAAAGAUGUUUAUUCUAUAAUGAAAAAGACCAAAGAGGAAGUGGACCAAUCAAUGCAGAGUUACUUUGAAGAGGACAAAGACAAAGACAUUUUAAUUCAGUGGAGAGUGAGAUAUGAAAAGAAAAUCACAGAGCUUUAUGAAGACCUUGUCCAAGACACAAAACAAAAUGUGAAUGAAGUUAUACAACAGCUACAGGCACGGGAGACUUUUGAACAUGAAAGGACCCAGUACAAUGCAAAUCUGUUCAAUCUGAGCAAAGCCCUUGCUCUGAAACUCAAAACCACAACAACUAAUGAACAAGUUCUUAAAGAUGAAUUUGACAAAGUGUGGGAAAAAUACAUCACUGAACUGACACAAGACACACCUCCAGAGAGAACAUUUGAUUUUUGGGAGGACGCUGUACAGAUUCUGUCUGUGGGAAUUGAACAAGCUUCUGUGCAUGAGCGGAAAUCUCAUCAAGACUACAGACAGAUCGACAAACUGGGAGAUUAUUCAUGUUACAUUUCAAAAGUCAAAAGACCGAAUGUUCUUCAUUGCAUUCCUGGCAUGAAUAAACCUUCUUCUGAAGACAGUGAUUUAGUAAGAACUCUGAUCAUAAAUGUGAUCAGAGAAACCGAGGGAUUAAUGAACAAGAUCUGCAACAAAAUCAGAAGACUCGGGUACAAAGACAGCUAUAUACAGGAAAUAACAGACCAGGUCAGGAAGAGAGUUGAACAUCAUCACAGUGGAAACCAGAGAAUUAUUUUAAAAAAGGAAUUCAUUCUGGAUCUCUGUCUUCAUGUGUGUGAAUGUGUGAGUCACAGAUUUACUGAACAUCAUAAACAAUUCAGGGAUGCAAAUGAUCCAAGAGUUUAUCUGUCCAAGCAGAAACCACAACAUUACAGUGUCUUUAAAAACUACUGCAGAGGAGCAACAACAACAAAAGUGUUUGGUGAACUGAUCUGCAGUAACCUGAGAGAAUCCAUCCUGCAAGCGGUUUACAAUAAAACUGCUAUUGAUUUGGCAGCACAGAUGAGAUCAGACAUGCCAGAGUUUAACGGUAACAGAACAAACCUUGAGAAACACAUCCUGAAAUGUCUGGCAGAGGAGGAGAACUUUGAGAAGUACAAAGUGUACAUUUUUAAUCCCCAAAAUCACUUCCAACACUUCAUUACAGAGAAGGUUAAUAAGUACAUUACUGAAAAUAACACCACAGUUCUGAACCUUUUUAAAGGAAAUCUAAAAAACAACGAGCGGAGAGUAACGAAUGCUGUUCACAUUGCAACUGAAGAGGUGAAGAACAGCUGUGGUGAUGCAGACAUGUGGUUGAGAAAUUUUACCCAUUCACUAAAAGAUGAACUGAGCUUAAAAGAAAUAACCUUCACUGAUCACAAAGAAAUUACAGACUUUGAUUUUCUACAGCAGGUUAUUAGUGAAGGUCUCAGUGAAAUUAAUUCGGAGCUCCACAAAAGCUUUAACAGUGUAAAAGACAUCGAAAUGGUGAAGUUCAGGAAGAAACCACAUGAGAUUCUGAUUGAACACCUUUGUCGAUGCUGCUGGGGUCAGUGUCCAUUCUGUAAAACCAUCUGUACCCACACAUUGGAGGAUCAUGAUGGAGAUCAUAGUGUCCCCUUCCACAGGAUAAUUGGUAUCAAUGGGUGGAAUUACAAAGCAACAACAAACCUCUGCUCUGAUUUCUGCACAACACUUGUGCAAAGUAAUAAACGUUUCCACCCCAGUCAUGAUACAGAUAAGACAGUACCUUACAAAUCAUACAGAAGAGCAGGAGGAGUAUAUGAGACCUGGAGCAUCACCCCUGAUAAUUCACAGCUCGCAUACUGGAAAUGGUUUGUGUGCAGAUUCCAGAAAGACCUGGAGAAGCACUAUAAGAAAACAUUUCAGGGUUAUGGUGAGAUCCCCAGUGAAUGGAGAAAGUUCACUAAAGAACAAGCUAUUAAGAGUUUGGAUGAAUAUAUCUGAUCUGACACAACUCUGAUAAACAGAACCUGGCAGGAAC